UGCAGUUGUGUUCCUAGUUAGUAUAUUGGCCAGUGUACCCCUGACACAGGACAUACAGGGGGACUUUGCUUCCACCACCGGAAGGGUUGCCAUCCUCCUCAGCCAGCUGACUUGUGGGAGCAUCUGUAAGAGCAAUGACAGAAAAAGCAAACAACUUUCCUCCACUGCCAAAGUUUAUCCCUCUGAAGCCCUGCUUCUACCAGAACUUUUCUGAUGAGAUUCCAAUAGACCACCAAUUUAUCGUGAAAAGGAUUUACCAUUUGUGGAUUUUUUACUGUAUCACCCUCGUGGUGAAUCUCGUCGCGUGCCUCGCUUGGUGGAUUGCCGGUGGUGACGGAGUGAACUUUGGCCUAGCCGUGCUUUGGCUGCUUCUCUUCAGUCCCUGCAGCUACGUGUGCUGGUUCCGGCCUGCCUACAAAGCCUUCAGGGCUGACAGCUCUUUUAAUUUUAUGGCCUUCUUCUUCAUCUUUGGUGCACAGUUUAUCCUGACCAUCUUUCAAGCAAUCGGUUUCCCCAAGUGGGGAGCAUGCGGCUGGUGGUCAGCGAUCUUCUUCUUCCAGACAAACGCUGCGGCGGCCGUGUUCAUGAUCUUCCCAGCCAUCAUGUUCACCCUGUCAGCAGCCAUGAUGUUUGUGGUCCUUGUCAGGGUGCAUAGAUUCUACCGUGGCUCUGGGGAGUUUCAGAAAGCCCAGGACGAGUGGACCACCGGCAGCUGGAGGAACCCUCCCACCAGGGAAGCGCAGUUCAGCAACUUUUCAGGCAACAGCCUGCCCGAGUACCCCACGGUGCCCAGCUACCCCUCUGGGAGCCAGUGGCCCUAGACGGAGCCCAGGGCCUCCGCCCCUGCCUGGUGCCCAGCUGAGCCGGCACCUUCCUUCUGCUUCUUUUGAUUUGAAAGGUUGUUUGCAUUUAUUCUCCC